ACAAUGCUAAGGGCUCGUGAUUUGGAUUCUCGUUUUUCACCAUAGGAAUAAAUGAAGUUAAGCCAAUUGAUAUAAAAAAUAAAUGUGUAUGAUUCGGAUGAUUAACAUGACUUGAACAACAUACUGAAAUACCAGUUUAUCUGUUCAUAAUAAACACUUGGGUACAUGCUAAAUGAGAAAAUGAGAAAUGCACGUCUAGCACUUCGUUUUUUAUAUCGUUAAGAGAGACGGGACAAUAACAUUUACACAAAAAGUAUUCAACGGGACUUGUGUAAAUAUAUAGACGUGACCCGACCUUAGUCUCGUCUGAUGGUGAAUAACAAAUGGCAACAUAUUACAGUGUAAUACAGAUACAGAAUGGAACACUUGAAGAUCAAGACUAGUAGACAUGGCAACCAUAUCAACAAGUCGUCGAGGUGAACCUUCCAAGAGGCGUAAACGAAAGGUCAGAUUCAUCAAGGAAUCCAAAAAUCCAAUCAAGUUUGAGAGAAUUUACAACGAGGCGACUUACUACCCUGAACCGACGAUACUGAGAGACGCACUGGAAACAUUCUACGAAGAUGUCGUCCAUAUAGACCCAGAUCUUGUUAAAAAGACACGCAGGAUCUGCAAACAUUUCAUGUUCUUCAUGUUCAAUAGAAUCAAACGCAACAGGCACAAUGUCUACUUUGACGAGCCUAUAUUCACAGGGAGUAUAUUUAAUGAGUUGCAAUGUACAUCACUCGAGAAGGCAGUUGUCAUGUUACCAAUAAGGAUCGAAAAACUGAAAGUGCAAAGGACUGAACCUGGGUAUGUAGUGGCUCCUUUGAGAAUCCACCGUUCCCAGUUGGAGGACGAACAAGGAUUACCCAAUACAUGGAAAAGAACGAGAUCGGAAGAUGGCUUGUAUAUUUCUCCACUGGCUGUCCUACGGGUGGUUCAUGAAAUAUUCACAAGAUUUGUGACAGUGCCCGACAACAUGGGCAUUAGCAAUGUUGAGCUUAUGCCUCUUGAAGAGACACCCGGUAGAGUUGUCGUGGUGCUAAAUGGUGCAAUAUAUGUGAACAUUAUACCUGCUAUAUAUCCAAACAAAGACAUCGAAAAGGAGUCCAAUUCGAAAAGGGACACCACGGAACUAUUCUUUGUGACGAGACCGUAUGACUUUGAUGAAAACGCCCAGUCUGAUAUGUUAUGGCGGAUAUGUUACUUUCCCAAAGAGAAACACAUGCACCAAAUGAUUGACGUAACCGACAGGGGUAUGAGGAGAAAAGCAUUGCAGAUUAUGAAAGCAUUCUUGAAACAGGAUAACACCCUCGUUAUCCUGAACUCCUACCAUCUGAGGACAGUCCUGUAUCACAUUUUUGAUGAAGUAGUCGACAGUUCUCCGAGAUGGCAAAGAGACCCCUUGGAAUCUUGCUUCCAGACUUUUCUGCAAAAACUAGCGUUUUAUGUGCAAUCGAAAAACUUGCCAAACUUUUUUCAAAACAGUUUCAACUUACUGUCAAAUAUUCCACCACGAAAUCUAGCUGCUUUGCAAGGGCGAUUGACAUAUCUGAUGCAGAAUCAGGCCGAUGUUUUACGUUUAUUACGGAAACGUAGAACACAAUCAUUAUGAAAAUUUCCAUUUUUGGGAGAUGCAUAUGAAUUUGUUGCAUAGUUUCAACAAAAUGCAUUUUCAAAAGUACCGUCUUCUAAUCACAAAAUCCAAAGACCGCUGGAACGCUGCUAAGGCUAUUAACGGCACAAUAAUUGUGAUAUUUAUAGGAUAUCCUGGCGAGGCGUACAAGUGCGGAUAUCAAUAUCAGGAGUAAAUUAAAAUGAUAUUCUGAAAAUAUCAGAGGAUGUUCUUAUUAUCCUACAC